CAAAAAAAACACAAAAAAAAACAAAAAAAACAAAAAAACGAAAAAACAAAAAACCCAAAACUCAUCGCCCUCGCCGAUAGAGAACCCUUGGGACUGCCCCCCCAUAAUCUUCUCCGACUCCGUUCCCGUUUGAGCUCAGCGGUGGCCGGUGAGUCUUCCUUUAAGGCUGAAGCUUGAUAACCCUGCCCCAUUCGUCUUCUCCGUCUCCGUUCCCGAUUAAUUGUAGCAGCGAUUGCACACUGUUCCAAGGCGAUAGUUGGGCCAGCGAUUACACACUGUUCGUCUUCUUCUUCUCUGUCUCCGUUCGUCCAGAGAUUGCGGCGGCGGGAACACAUCUGAGGUUAUUGCUCCCCUGCCCACUUCUUCUUCUCCGUCUCUAUUCGGCCAGCAAGUCUCUGUCUUUUCCUUCUCCAUCUUUAUUGGUAGGUUUUGAAGGUAGGUGGUGAAUGGAAGUUCAACUUUUAUCGUUCAAGCAGAGUUGCUCUUUGAUUGGUCCAAACGCAACGACUGGCCAGUUUCUUGUAAUUGGUUCCCCGAAGAAUUUACAUCAUUGGUGUUAUCAUUUCGGGUCAGGAUCAAAGUAUAAAAUCAAGUGCGCUAUGAAGUCUUAUAAGUUGUCGGAGUUGUCUCGGACUGAGGUUGAUAGCCUCAAGGCUCGUCCUCGUAUUGAUUUCUCUAAAAUUUUUAGUACGGUACACCCAAUUGUUGACGAUGUACGCAGUAGAGGCGACGCUGCAGUGAUAGAUUACACUGCACGUUUUGACAAAGUGGAAUUGGAUAACAUAGUUGAAUAUGUUUCUGAUCUUCCAGAUCCUGAGCUUGAUCCAGCUGUGAGAGAAGCAUUUGAUGUGGCAUAUGACAAUAUACAUGCAUUUCAUGUUGCACAAAAGGCUGCAGAGAUGGAAGUUGAAAACAUGAGAGGUGUUAGAUGCAAAAGGGUAGCGAGGUGCAUUGCUUCUGUGGGUCUCUAUGUUCCUGGAGGCACUGCAGUUUUACCUUCAACGGCUUUGAUGCUUUCAAUACCUGCACAUAUUGCCGGGUGCAAAACUGUUGUUCUUGCAACUCCCCCAGGCCACGAUGGCAGCAUCUGCAAGGAGGUGCUUUAUUGUGCUAAGAAAGCUGGUGUUACUCAUAUACUUAAAGCUGGGGGAGCUCAGGCCAUUUCAGCCAUGGCAUGGGGAACUGCAUCUUGCCCUAAGGUGGAGAAGAUUUUUGGACCAGGAAAUCAGUAUGUCACAGCUGCCAAAAUGAUUCUGCAAAACAGUGAAGCUAUGGUUUCAAUUGACAUGCCUGCGGGCCCAUCAGAAGUUCUGGUCAUUGCUGACAAACAUGCCAACCCGGUCCAUAUAGCUGCAGACUUACUUUCUCAGGCAGAGCAUGGUCCUGAUAGUCAGGUUGUUCUUGUAAUUGCCGGUGAUGGUGUGGAUGUGGGAGCCAUUGAGAAGGAAAUCAGCAGACAAUGUGAGAGCCUUCCCAGGGGAGACUUUGCUUCAAAAGCACUAAGCCACAGUUUCACUGUGUUUGCCCGUGAUAUGGUCGAGGCUAUCUCCUUUUCAAAUUUGUAUGCACCUGAGCAUCUGAUCAUCAAUGUUAAAGACGCAGAAAAGUGGGAGGGGUUCAUCCAGAAUGCAGGUUCUGUGUUUUUAGGGCAGUGGACUCCAGAGAGUGUUGGAGACUAUGCAAGCGGGACAAACCAUGUUCUUCCGACAUAUGGGUAUGCACGGAUGUAUGGUGGGGUGUGUCUCGAUUCCUUCCUCAAGUACAUGACAGUGCAAUCAUUAACAGAGGAAGGGCUGAGGAAACUUGGUCCGUAUGUGGCAAAGAUGGCAGAAGUUGAAGGACUGGAAGCCCACAAGAGAGCUGUAACCCUUAGGCUCCAAGACAUUGAAGUAAGUCUCCCAGUUUGAGAUAGUGUCUACUCUCAAGCAUCCUCUGCUAAAGCCUAGCGACCAAUGGGAGAUUGCUUGUACUAGAAACACUUCGAAAGGGCCAUGGCUGAAAUUUAUAAAGCUAAUCAGCAGAAGAGCUUGAUUCUCUAUCAGAAAAAAACAAUAUCUUAGCAAGGGAUUUACAAAGUUCAUGUAUUGAAUGGAUUUCCUUUUUAUUAAAGUUGAUGGUCCAUUGUGAGUCUGAUAGUAUAUGGUCCUUCAUCUCCUCAAACUAUGAUGCUUUACCUAGACUUCCAUUGCCAUAAUUAUAAUCAUCUAAGGAGAUUGAGGUUCAGUUAAGAUAUCAAGAUCAUCCAGUAUGAGUAAUCAUUGAUAUAGAACUCUUGAAUGGGUCUCAAUGAUUUGAGUUCCUUGAAUUCAUAGCAAUGGGUUCAUGUUGUAUGAAUUGUUUUUGUCUAGGAAGUUUUUGUCAUGGUUUUAAUGCUUCAAUAACUAUUAUUGUUCCAUUUUAUUA